CACGUGAUUUCAUUGUUGACGCGAACGUCGACGUCCAAACAUCAACACAUCGCAUACUUACAAUCUAACUGCCAUGGCUCCAAUAGCAUUCAGCGGUACAAUACCUUCAAAGAAGAAAGCAGAUCUCCAAGCUAUAGCCCUCGCUCUCCAGAUAAGUGACGCUGGAACUAGGGAAGAUCUACAAGGUAGAAUCAAGCGUCACCUCGAGAAACACCAAUCCAAAUACGAAGAUGACCCUACCUUCUCGGGUCUGUAUGGGAAGAGGAAGAAAAGCGUGCAACCUGCUCUAGGUCGGUUCGUGCCCGGUUCACCAGAAGAAUCGGAGAAGAGCCCCCAAGUCACUCGCAGUCGUCGUACCGUCCCAGUUGACCCACGUGAGACAACCCCUGUCGACGAUAUGCGGAACGUGUCUAUGAUGCUCAAGAACCCUCCCAUCUCCCCUGAAGUCGAGCCUACUCCCUCGCCCGCUAAACCUUCUCCCCAGAAGGAGCAGCAUAGACAAGAUGAUGCUCAACCUGUCGCGUCCGUUCAAAAAACGCGUACAGUCUCUAAACCUAUUGCUGAUGCUGUCGUGGAGUCUCUCACGAGGCUCCGAAUCAGCGUGCAGAAGCGUACUCGGAUCACUUUGUUGACUACACGUGCCGCGCUCUCGGACUCUACCAAUAUUUGGUUCCUUACUGCUCUCCUCGAGCUACUCUAUGUCCUUUACAUGGUUAUUCCAUGGCAGACUGCAGAGCUAGCCUCAGGCUCAUUUCACCUAGCGAUCCCCUACCCUCCCGCUCAGACCUUCUUACAACUAUCCUUCUGGACCGUCCUAUUUCACUGGUCGGCACCCACCAUCAUCAUCCCCCUCGUCUUCGGCCUCCUCGUCUCUUUCCAUCCCGCCAAUUCUACAUCUGUUCGGAUCCCCCGAGUCAUUGCACUCGAUUCGCUUUCAGCUUCUAUCGCUCGCCUUGCGGCCCAUGUCGUCUACCCCUUCCAGACCCUCGAUAAAUCUCUCCAAGGUGUAGACGUCAUCGGUCAGAGAUGGCGCCUCUUGACAGCAUCCGUUGUAGUCGCAUUCGCAUUUGCUGAGGCCAUUUUCUCUGCGCCCAGCGCUUUUGCCGAGUCAAGGGCCCGCUUGCGCGCAGGUACUCCUAGGCGUACCAUCGCUCCUGAAGACACCCUCGUCUCUGUCGCCGCCGAGUCAUGAGUUUUUGCGCGUUUGUGUAUGCUAUAUGACGACCCGUUCAUAGAUCAUGACUAGUGUCCUUUUUUGCUUUGUCCUUGUUUGAGUUGCUGUUUUGUUACCGUUGUAUUUAUUCUUUACCUAUUGACAGUCUAUGACCUGGAGUAUUUUGUCUCUGUUCCAGCAUUGAUGCUGGCAAUGUUUUACGUCCUGUCUGUACCAUUCAAUAUACCGAUAUCAUCCCGCA